AAGAUCACUUCUGAACUCUCUGGAGCAGUUAGCAUUUAGCUUUUGUUUAUAUCAUUAAACAAAAAAAAGGCUCCUGCUUUGCUGCCAAAUGUCACCAACCCAUUUCCUACAAGUCUCCUUCCCUUAAUCUACCUCUCCAAUUUUCUUUAUUUUCUUCUAACUAAUCCCUUUUUUUUUCUCUUCAAUCCCACUCUGUUUCGUACCAUUUUUCUCCAAAAUGCUCAAAAUCCUCAACAAAAGACUCCGCCGACUCUGCUCUCGUCUCCGGUGGCCGAUUCACCGCCGGUCCCGGUCCAAAGUACUCAUCAGAAAAUUCGGCAAAUCAAACUCCAAGCCUCACAGCGACACUAGAAUUGACCCUACUAAUAAUGGGUCAGCAACGGUUCAUCCAAACGGUCCAUUUGAUUCCCCAAAACCAGACGAAAAGCCCAUAAAAAUGGCAACUUUUAACGCCGCUCUGUUCUCAAUGGCGCCGGCAGUUCCAAAUUCGAUCAACUCUUCAAGCUACGACUUCGACAACGAAAAUUACGAAAAGGGUAAACUAUUCAACGAUUUCAAUCUCCGUACGAAGUCGGUGAACGAUCGGCCGCCGAAGAGCAUACUUAAACAGUCGCCGCUGCAUCCAACCACCGCAAACGGCGGAGAUAAUCUUUCACGGCAGCAAAAAUUCGCCAAAUCGAAGUUAAGGGUAUCGAUAAAUUUACCAGACAAUGAAAUUUCAUUACUAAAGAACAGACAAUCGAGAUUUACAGAAGAAGGGGCAAAUUCAAGAAAAACAGUACGAGGAAAAGGUCCGAUUAGGUCACAGAGUGUGAAUUUAUCAAGAAAUGGAGCUGACAGAGAUGAUCAUUACAGAAGUACGAGAACAGUUGUGGAAGUGUUGAAAGAGUUGGAUGUUGAUAUUUUGGCUUUACAAGAUGUUAAAGCUGAGGAAGAAAAAUGUAUGAAGCCUCUGUCUGAUUUGGCUGCUGCUUUGGGAAUGAGUUAUGUUUUUGCUGAGAGUUGGGCUCCGGAAUAUGGUAAUGCUAUUUUGUCUAAGUGGCCGAUCAAGAGAUGGAAAGUUCAGAAAAUCUUUGAUGAUUCUGAUUUCAGGAAUGUUCUGAAGGCAACUAUAGAUGUACCCCAGAAAGGAGAAGUCAACUUCUACUGCACCCAUCUUGAUCAUCUUGAUGAGAAUUGGAGGAUGAAACAAAUUAAUGCAAUUCUUGAUUCUAAUGAUGGUCCCCAUUUUUUAGCUGGUGGCCUUAAUUCUCUUGAUGAAACUGAUUAUUCUGCUGAGAGGUGGACUGAUAUUGUUAAGUACUAUGAAGAAAUGGGGAAGCCAACCCCAAAGGCAGAAGUGAUGAGAUUCUUGAAGAGUAAACAUUACAGCGAUGCUAAGGAAUUUGCAGGAGAAUGCGAGUCGGUUGUGAUGAUUGCUAAAGGCCAAAAUGUGCAAGGGACAUGCAAGUAUGGAACAAGAGUAGAUUACAUAUUGGCAUCAUCAAACUCAGCAUACAAUUUUGUUCCUGGAUCUUACUCUGUUUUUUCUUCCAAAGGAACUUCUGAUCAUCACAUUGUUCAAGUUGAUAUUAUAAAGUCAAAUUCUAACAAUGGCCAUGAACAUGCCACAAAAAAGAGACAAACACCUAAACAUAAAGUUGUAAAAAUAACCAACUCUUCUCCACCUCAAGGUCUUUGGAAAAUUAAUUCAUGACAAUGAUAAUGGUAGUUUUUGACCAUUUCUUACUUUUUGAUUGUGCAAAGAGAAAUUUACUUAAAUUCUUGUGUUAAUUUGGUCUUUUUUCAUGAAUGAAACAAGAAGAAAAAACAAAGGUUUGGUUGACA